AUUUUGAUACCUUCUUAAAAUCCCGAUAAGAAAUCUUGCUCGCCUGCUUCGCCCACACCACAGGAGUCCUUCAACAUGGCACCACCAUCCUCCAGAUCAGAAGUCUUAUCGCACCUCCAAGAGCUCGUCAAGAAUGGAAAGCCAAUCGUUGGGGCAGGAGCCGGAACAGGCUUAUCAGCCAAGUUCAUCGAGGCUGGCGGUGCAGAUUUGAUCAUCAUCUACAACUCAGGUCGAUUUCGUAUGGCCGGACGAGGGUCAUUAGCAGGUCUCAUGCCAUACGGCGACGCUAACGCCGUGGUAGUCGACAUGGCAAGGGAAGUUCUUCCCAUAGUCAACAAGACGGGUGUCCUCGCAGGAGUUUGCGGAACAGACCCAUUUCGACUAAUGCCAAAGUUUCUCGAGCAACUGAAAGAUAUGGGCUUUUGCGGCGUCCAGAACUUCCCCACAGUCGGGCUCAUUGACGGCACUUUCAGAGAAAAUCUGGAAGAAACAGGGAUGGGAUACGACAAGGAGGUAGAAAUGAUCGCCGAGGCGCACAAGAUGGAUCUCCUCACAACUCCUUACGUGUUCAAUGUCGACGAAGCUGAAAGGAUGACCAAGGCCGGGGCGGAUUGCUUGGUGGCUCAUAUGGGUCUUACGACGUCGGGCAGUAUUGGAGCAAAGACUGGCAAAACACUUGAUGACUGUGUCAAGCUGAUACAGGACAUAAGAGAUGCUGCAGUCAAGAUCAAUCCUGACAUUAUCAUUCUUGCUCAUGGUGGCCCGAUCGCAGAGCCAAAGGAUGCCAGCUAUGUUCUCAAUCACACAAAGGGCGUCCAUGGGUUUUUUGGAGCCAGCAGUAUGGAGCGUUUACCAGUCGAAAUUGCUAUAACGAACACAACCAAGGAGUUCAAGGAUUUGAAGCUUGCUCAGCCAUGACAAGCCGACCAGGUUUCGCGAUCCUUCAUUGAGGCCACCGGAAAAGAGCCUUAAUCCGGCGCCAGCAUGAUCGACUCGGAACCUCAGCCUACUCCAUCCACUUCACUUUCAACCGAUUUUCACCCGUUGGCGGAGAUUGUGGCUCAAGCAUGGCACACGGUGGUCUUGUGAAUGUCACGAGUCACCGCACUUCGUCGCAAGGGCACUCACAGCGCUGAAGAAGGUGCAAUGCGCGGGUGGGGAAUCUUCACUGAACCCAGGCUGACGAUGUUCCGGUCCAGGCUAAGAUCCGGUGUCAUUCGAUGAGAAUGAAGAGGGAACGGACGGCUCUUCUUUGAGGGCCGCUGAGACGACGGCGUAACCACAGCACCGCUAUCGGACUCUCCCUGUGGUUGUUCUGGUUGCUGGUACAAGUGCUGCAAGCCAUUGAAGUAGUCUUGAGUGGAA